AGAAAAGGAAAAGAAAAGCCAAAUACCUUCUUCAGCAAGUGCUUGCCGACCCCCCAACCACGCUACGCCAGGACCACACGCAAAAGCCGCUCUAUUCACCCACCCCCAUCGCCGUCAUUCCCGGCUCUUUCUCACUAAUUGCAGCCUGUUUAAUUGUUCUCCUCCGAAUUCAAGAGAUAGUAAUUGUAUGGCGGAGGCACUCUCGGAUUCCGGUUCGGCCAAUGCGCCCACGAUCGAGUCCGUGCGAGAGUCGUUGAUCCGCCAAGAAGACACAAUCGUUUUCGGCCUCAUUGAGCGGGCUCGCUUCCCCAUCAAUUCUCCCACCUACAGUGCCUCUUACGCUAAAAUUCCUGGCUUUACUGGCUCCUUGGCUCAGUUCGUUGCUCAUGAAACUGAGGCCCUCCAAGCUAAGGCUGGUAGAUUUACAAGCCCAGAAGAAAAUCCAUUUUUUCCAAAAGAUUUACCAGCCUCCCUUGUGCCAUCUCAAAACCAUACGGGGGUUUUGCAUCCAUCAGCCGCUUCCAUUAACAUAAACAAGUCCAUAUGGGACUUCUAUUUUGAUAAACUGCUUGCAUUGUUUGCUGUCCCGGGUGAUGAUGGCAAUUAUGCUGCAACUGCUGCUAGCGAUCUUGUGUGUUUACAGGCCCUUUCCAGAAGGAUUCAUUAUGGAAAGUUCGUAGCUGAGGUAAAAUUCAAGGAAUCCCCUAAAGAAUAUGAGCCUGCAAUUCGUGCCAAGAACAGAGAUGCUCUGAUGAAACUGUUGACAGUUGAGAGCGUAGAAGAAGCAGUGAAGAAGAGAGUUGCCAAGAAGGCCAUGGUGUUUGGGCAAGAAGUGACUUUGAACUCGACUGAUGGCAGCAACGGGAAGUACAAGGUUGAUCCAUCAGUUCUUUCUCGCCUCUAUGCGGAGUGGGUGAUGCCUCUAACCAAGCUUGUGCAAGUUGAGUACCUCCUACGCCGCCUUGAUUGAAGCCUACUUUCCCUUUCAUUUCAUGUAUCAACUAAUUAUGAUGUUAUGAAGAAUCGAAAUUUUCUCAUUUACAUUUUUGCUAUAUUUGAUUGUAAGAUAACAUCAUUUUAAUAAAUUU